AUGGCUGAUCAAGAUGAGAUCCGUGGCAACUCAGUCUAUGAGACUGAGCAGCCGGUUGAAUCCAAGCCUGCUGAUGAAAAGCCCAUUGCUGAGCAGGUUCCCAAGCCCACGGGCUUUAUGGGCAAACUCAAGGGACUGAUAAACCAAGACGUUCGCGCCGAGAUGCCUGCCUACAAGGAUAUCAUCAUUCACACCUGGGAUGGCCCUGAUGACCCUGAGAACCCGUUCAACUGGGGUAUGAAGUACAAGUGGUUGUUGACCAUCACCGUCUGCUUCAUCUCUAUCUUGACCGGUCUCCCAGCCGGAACAUACGGCUCCGGAAAUGACUGGAUGGAAAAGGAGUUUAACGUCCAGAACUCACCCUUCCCGAACCUCUACUGGGCUACCACAUCCUGGAACAUGGGCGCCGCCUUCUGGCCUUUGAUCUUCGUGCCUCUCACCGAGUCCUCUGGUCGUAUGCCCGGAUACUUCGUGGCAUAUAUCAUCCUAGUCAUCUCGCUCUUCCCAUCUGCAUUCGCUAAGAACUUCGCGACACUGGUGGUGACGCGGUUCUUCGGUGGUGGUGCUUCCUCCGUCUCGAUUAACAUUGUCGGAGGAAGUAUCAGUGAUGUCUGGCUGGGCGAACAUGCACGCAGUCUGCCGAUGUCUAUCUUCGGUUUUACUAGUGUUGUCGGUAUUGCGUUGGGUCCUUUUAUCGGGUCUGCUAUUGUGCAGAUUCCGAAGUCUGAGCCGUGGCGUUGGAUCUUCUACAUCCAAAUCAUCUACAACGCAGCCCUAAUCCCCGUCUUCUGGCUAAUCCUCCGCGAGACCCGGCCGGACGUAAUCCUCAAAAAGCGCGCGCGCAAGAUCCGCAAAGAAACAGGCAAACCCGUCUACGCCGCUGCUGAAAUCGACGCCCCGAGCAAAUUCAAACUCCUCCAAAUCUCCUUCCAACGUCCAACCCGCAUGCUCACCACAGAGCCCGUGGUAAUCUUCUUUACGCUGUGGAUCAGUUUCGCCUGGGGAAUCCUCUACCUAUUCUUCAGCAGCGUAGUGCAAACUUACAGCACAAACUACAACUGGAGCACACUAGCAACAGGACUCGUCCAGCUAGCCAUUUCAGUCGGCGCAAUUAUCGGAACAAUCAUCAACCCGCUGCAGGAUUGGUUCUAUUUCCGCUCGUCUAGACGCAACACCGAGAAACCGGGUCGUCCGAUUCCAGAGGCUCGACUUUAUACCGCUAUCCCUGGAAGUUUACUCUUCGCAGCGGGCUUAUUCUGGUACGGAUGGGCCAGCCAGCCUGAUGUCCACUGGAUCGUCCCAACGAUCGGUAUCACGGCAGCUGGAGUUGGCAUUUAUUCGAUCUACAUGGCUGUGGUGAACUACCUGACAGAUGCGUAUGAGCGGUACGCGGCGAGUGCGUUGUCUGCUGCUUCGCUAGGCCGGAAUUCGUUUGGUGCGUUUUUGCCGUUGGCUUCGCCGCAGCUUUUUAGUAAUCUUGGGUUUGGCUGGGCGGGGACUUUGCUAGGCUUUAUUGGGGUUGCGUUGUCUGUUGUUCCUGUUGUGCUUGUUAUGAAGGGCCCGCAGAUUCGGGCGAGGAGUACGUUUAUGCGUGAGGCUAUGUGGGAGCCUGAGGAGAAGGUUGAGGUGGAUGAUUCUGGGAAGGGGGAUGGGCCGUCUGCUGAGAAUAAGGAGGGCGUUAUGGUUUAA